UGGUUCAAUCGUUAGAACGACGUCCCUGAUGUGAGGUGAUAUUGUCUUCGAGUUUGUGACACUCACUAAUCUCUUUGAUCAGGAUUCUGGAUUUCUAGUCCAGGAUACUGUUAUCUUCUCUGCUGAGGUUCUUAUAUUGAAAUAAACUUCCAUAAUGCAGGACGUCACUGAUCAAGAAACUGACUCAGGAACUGCCUGUUCUCAGUUGGAUGGAAUUGGGAAGAGGAGCUCAUUCACCUGGAAAGUGGAAUUUCUUGUCCUUCAAGGAAAUAAUGGAAACUAGAAAAUUUUUUCGCAAAUUCUUUCAAGCUGGUGGAUGUGAGCUUCGGAUUGGAGUAUAUGAGUCUUUUGACACCAUAUGUAUAUAUUUGGAGAGUGAUCAGUCAGUUGGCAGUGAUCCCGAGAAGACCUGGAACAAUUCGGUUAUUCAGUUUAUGAAGGUAUCUGACAUGUUGGAAGCUGAUGCAGGAUUUCUGCUGCGAGACACAGUUGUAUUUGUUUGUGAGAUCUUGGACUACUGUCCAUGGUUCGAUUUUUCAGACCUGGAGGUUUUAGCUUCUGAAGAUGAUCAAGACGGCCUGACAACUGACCCUGACGAACUCAUUUAUUCUGAUGACAGUGAAGAUCUAAGUGGAGAUGAAAAAGACAUCUUCAGAAAUCUUCUAUCUGGGGCCGGGUUUCACCUUACUUAUGAAGACAAGAACAUAUAGUAAAAACUGGCUGCGGUUCUGUCUCUGUUGCUGUUUUCGGUGAUCAGGAAUGAUUACUUGUCCUGAUUUGGCUUUAAACUGUAAGGGAACUAGAACUGAAUUUUCACCAAGUAUAUCGUCAAUUUUAAUCAAACUUCUUCUGUUUUAUACCUGUGAGGAUUUCGUGGACACUUGUUAGUCUGCUAUCAGCCUUUUUGCACGUUAUCCCAACUUCACCAAAAUUUUAUUAUAUCAUCUUUUCACUAAACCAUUUAAAAGCUCCCUUUUUGUUUUAAAUUUUGUAUUGAACAUAUCUUCAUCAGAAAUAAUUAUCUAGUCUACCUUAAACGGUGCAAGAUGCUCGAGGCUCAUACUAGUCUUUGAAAAUGUAUUUGUCUCCCUUGAAGCAGUAUCUACUUGCUUAAUUAAUUUUUUUAGCAAUGGCAAUGCAGAUAAGGUAGGCUGGUAGAGCUCAUGGCUCUUGCCUCGCAUGUGCACCCCUUGAUAGCGGCAGCCAAAGCUCUACAUGGCUGUCAUUUUCUGAUUAUUGUUUGAGAGGUGCAUGAAAUUUGCUGCAUUUUUAUCUUUGCUUUGUGAUUAAUAGGUAAGUUUCGCAAUUCUCAUAUGUAGAAAAGAUUUGCUAUGCUUGAAUCGAUCUUUUCUUUAGUUUCUGUAGCUCAUUGCUUCUAAUUAAUACAUUUUGACAAUUGAAUUAGAUCAGAAAGACUUGUUUUAGAAAAAUAAGGAAGAUAUGACUUGGUACUUCCAAAACUUUGAUUUAUUAUUGCUUGUGCACUCUAUGUAUUAUGACAUAUUACUCCUAUUGGAUUAGAGUGACUUGCCAAACAAUCUUUCUUGUAAUAAAGUAACAAGAGAUUGGAGACCAGUAUGCAAUGUGACAAUUGAAUUAGAUUAGUUGGGGAAUUAAUGUGUUGGAAUGUGGAUGUGUGAGGACUAAAAGUUUUUAUUUGGGGGUUGACAAUUUUUAGUAAACACCGAAACUUGUGAAGGAAGUUAGUGUCUUGAGAAAAAUAUGAGAAUUAUCCUAUGUAGCACUUGAAUUUUCUGAUUGUUGUCUUGUGUUAUCCCUUAGAUUAAUAGGAAUUUUUGGUAUAAGUCGAGAUAAGCAGGAGACACUAGCACUAGUGGCAUAUAAAAAAAAGGUAGUGUGAAGUGUGUCCCAUUGACUGCAUCAAAUGAACAAUGUUCAAGAAUCAACACAAAAGCCUUUGUGUGAGCUUUUGGACCAAAGCACUUUCAUUUAAACAGUGCUACAUUUCUUUUGAUCGAGGGCAUCAAACUUAGUGUGUCCAUUCUAGAACUUGCUUGUGUAAUACAUUUUGAGUCCGCAUUCUUGUAAGAUUGGUGCAUGAAAGUGAUAAGGGCACUUAGGAAUACCCCAUUACCUCAAAAGAGCCUACCUUGAAUUCACCCAUAGAAUAACUCAUUUGAGCCUUGGCUUUUCUUUUGUUGGUUAAACCACGUCAUAAGCUAAAUCAUCCCCUUCUUGAUUAUCUCCUAAACUGAUUUUUGAACCCAUUUAAGGGGAUGGUGUUGGCUUAGUUGCUUGUAAAUUGACAUGAAAACGAGUGAAUAACAACGGAUGCAGUGCUAUCCCCAAGGAAACGAAAAAGAGAAAUGGAACGAGGAAAUAAAAAACAAAAAGAACAAAGAGAUGAAGAAAAAGGAGAAGAGAAAGAAGAAGAAAAAAAGAAAGGAAAGAAGAAAAUAUUGAGGAAAAAAAAAAGAAAGGAAAGAAGAAAAUGAGGAAAAAAAAGAAGAAAAAAAAACGAAAGGAAAGAAAAAAAAAUUGAAAAGAAAAAGAAAUAGAAAACGAAAAAAUUGGAGGUGUUUGAUUGUUCAAAUUACUUGAAUCGAGUUGAAUGGCAAUGAGGUUGGAAAGAUAAG